CACAUCCUCUCUCGGCGCGCGCGCGCUCACCCACCCCAGCAAAGCGGAAGUUCACUCAUCCUACGUAACUAGCGUAACUGCCGUACGCAGCGAGCGGAGAGAAAACUUCUGGGGUAUUUUGAAGAUUUAGUCGCAGUUUGGGAGGCUUGGAACGAUGUCAUCCGGUGCUCUGUUUCCGAGUUUGGUCAGCGGCUCAAGGGGAAGCUCCAGCAAGUACCUGGUGGAGUUUCGCGCCGGUAAAAUGACCUUGAAGGGAAACACGGUCACACCCGACAAACGCAAGGGUUUGGUGUACAUCCAGCAGUCUGAUGAUUCCCUGAUCCACUUCUGCUGGAAGGACAGAACCACAGGAAAUGUUGACGAUGACCUGAUCAUCUUCCCUGAUGACUGUGAAUUUAAGAGGGUGAACCAGUGCACCACCGGACGCGUCUAUGUGCUGAAGUUCAAGGCCGGCUCCAAAAGGCUCUUCUUCUGGAUGCAGGAGCCCAAAACGGACAAAGACGAGGAGUUCUGCCGUAAGGUGAACGAGUUCCUGAACAAUCCUCCGAUUCCUGGGUCUGCCAGCAGCGGAGGUGGCAGCGGCCAUGAACUGUCUGCACUGGGAGGAGAGGGAGGCCUCCAGAACCUGCUGGGAAACAUGAGCCACAACCAACUGAUGCAGCUGAUUGGUCCAACCGGGCUUGGUGGACUGGGAGGCCUGGGAGCUUUAGCGGGACCCGGCCUAGCGAACCUUCUAGGCAGUGGGGGUCCACCCACCAGCAGCUCCUCCUCCAGCUCUCGAAGCCAAGCGGCCACAGCAGCCUCUUCAUCAGCCGCAGCCCCCAGACUGAGCUCCACCCAGACACCAACCACACCUACACCGCCUGCUGCCUCGGCGCCCUCCACCACCACCACCACCGCUGCUGCUGCUGCUGCUGCCGCCGCCCCCUCCACCCCAGCUCCAGCUCAGACGCCUGUGGCCCCGGCCUCUGCUGGAAGCCCCCCCCCUCACCAGCCCAUCCAGCUCAGCGACCUUCAGAGCAUCCUGGCCAACAUGAAUGUUCCUGCUGCAGCUGCUGGUCAGGGGUCUGCAGUGGACCUGGCGAGCGUUUGCACCCCGGAGAUGAUGGCUCCCAUCCUGACCAACUCUGAAGUCCAGCAGAGGCUCCUCCCCUUCCUCCCCAGUGGAGAAAGCUUACCACAGAGUGCCGAGGAGAUCCAGAACACCCUGAACUCGCCUCAGUUCCAGCAGUCCAUGAGCAUGUUCAGCAGCGCCUUGGCUUCUGGACAGCUCGGUCCGCUCAUGAGUCAGUUCGGUCUGUCAGCUGAAGCUGUGGAUGCUGCCAACAGGGGAGACGUUGAAGCGUUUGCCAGAGCCAUGCAGGCCAGCAAAGGAGACUCCAAAGAGAAGAAAGAGGACGAUGAAGACAUGAGUCUGGAUUAGAGACCAGCCUACCAAGUCCCGCCUCUCUCUGUACUCCUUUUUUACCUCUUCCAUGUCAACAUUGUCUUAAAGCUUUUCAUAAACCAAAGACAAUGUUUCUACUCAGGAGAAACAGAACAUUAGCUUCGCUAAAGUUGACUCUGACCACCAUGUAGACGUUAGCAGUCCUCUUCUGUUGCCUUUGUUUGAGACUUUAUGUUUUUGUUCUUAAAGUACCGACUGUCAGAUUUCUGGGACUAACUCUUUAUUAAAGCAAAAAGAUAAAAACUCA